AUGUAUUGGUAUUAUUUGCGUGUGAAAUUUAUCUCUAAUGUCAUCUGCUUUUGUGUCCAGGCGCUUCUUCAUUCCUCUCACAUGUACCAUGAAGCUAAGCAUGCAUUUCACAACCACGGUGUUAAGUUCUCCUCUGUUGAGGUAGAUUUACCUGCCAUGAUGUCCCAAAAAGAUAAAGCUGUUUCUAAUCUUACUCGAGGAAUUGAAGGGCUCUUCAAGAAGAAUAAGGUCACUUAUGUUAAAGGCUAUGGAAAGUUCAUCUCCCCUUCCGAAAUCUCAGUGGACACCAUUGAUGGUGAGAAUACAGUCGUAAAAGGCAAAAAUAUCAUAAUUGCCACUGGUUCUGAUGUCAAAUCUCUACCUGGGAUUGCCAUUGAUGAGAAGAAAAUAGUAUCAUCAACUGGAGCUCUGGCUUUGACAGAAAUCCCAAAGAAACUUGUGGUGGUUGGAGCAGGAUAUAUUGGCCUAGAGAUGGGCUCAGUGUGGCGUAGACUUGGUUCCGAGGUAACUGUUGUUGAGUUUGGACCUGAUAUCGUCCCAACAAUGGACUCGGAAAUCCGCAAGCAAUUUCAGCGUUCCCUUGAGAAACAAGGGAUGAAAUUUGUGCUCAAAACAAAGGUGGUAUCACGUGGUGGUGGUGACCCAAGGAAAGCUUUUCUCACAUGCUUUCCCACCUUCAUCACAGAUUCAGAGACAUCAGUAAAACCCCAGAAAAGGAAAUUAUAUUUGGUGGUCACGGUCAGGAACUUUAAGUAA